AAAUGCUGUGACUAGCAAAAAUGGUAGUAUUGUUUUCAGGUCACAACUUCUACGUACCGCGCGCCGGUUGUCAACGUCGAGCACGACAACAGCACGAGGUGUGAUAGCACUGUGACGAGGGUGACGUUGUCUUCUCGGUGGCUGCUUUGUCGAGAAAUCUUCUGCACCGAGGUGUGAAAGUCGUCUUUUUGUUUCUUCUACAAGAAGCCUGUUGUGUCUUGAAGGUUGCUGCGCCUCGAAGUGUGGUGAAUCCCGGAGUUUGACUGCUGAAUUUAGAAAAAGAGACGCGGAGUCAUGGACGACCGACAGGUUGCAAGCGUGGACGCAUCACUAGUAAAAAGGAUAUCAACAACUGGUAGAGAGGCGAAAAAGGUAACGGCCGCAUGAAAAUGCAUCAAAAUAGAUCGACGUCUUCCAGCACAACUGAAAAUGAGGGGAGGGUGCGACGACAUGCAGGUCCGGUUUCCAGACUGCGCACCAAACGGAACAAGGGUCCCAAGUCACACCGCUCAAGCAAACACGCCGCACGAGAGGUUAAAGAGACGGACGUCCUUCUACCCGCAACGAGAAAAUAUGUCGAAGAGGAGGAGGAGCAAAUGGCUCCAUUUUUGAGACACGAAGAACGGCAGCCCUCGUCAGAUUCUUGCGGGAAAGCGCUGGGGGACGGUGAUGUUUACGGUGCUCCUUUUCCUUUAUUAAGGGUUGCAAAUUGACCGAUGAUCCAAGAGCGUGUCUCUGACCUUCCUAAGGGGUCAAAAGGAUAGAUACGCGAGCUAGAUCGGUCAACUUGCAACCCCUAACUUUAGAACAAGAUGAGAAGGAGCGCUGGCGGUUGUUGUGGUGCCGGUUCGCUCCGUACCUCGCAUCUGCUUGCGGGGUUUCCCUGCUUGUCGUGGUCAUUGGCACUACUUACUUCCGCAUCGGCUUGGAGUUGGACUUAUUUUCCAAUUAUUCUCUCGACGACUUCCUCAAUGCUUUUAUUAAGGCUUACCGUAAUUCAUCCUCAGAAGCAUCUUUGACCCGUUUAGUUACUAAAAACAGCAAAAAGCGCGUCGGUCAAAGAUGAGUAUACUGAGGAUGCUCGCAAGCGAUGAACGCCUAUACCUCAUGUUUCAAGAGGAGCGGGGGCUUAGGGUUACUUACGAAGAUCUAACUUGAACCUUUUCGACCCAGAGCGUUUUCGUGCUUGUUUCCAUGUGAUGGAGAACUUGGCUCAUUUAUUUUCUGGCGAUGGAGGGGACGAUUCUGCAGGUGGCUUUAUUUCCUCUACUGUAGAAGAUUCUUCCUCGUCUCCUGUAGUAGAAGAAGAUUCUUCCUCGAUCUCGUCAUGGGCCGGCUACUAUUUUCACUGGCCGCUCUUCGCGUACGUCGGCAACAAACUUAGCGAAAUAAGCCUUGCUACGGCUCAUUUUGGACGAAGGGCCACGGAUAGUUAAGGGUUUACACAUUGCGUCCUGCACUAACGGCCCUGACUCUUUUCCCACUACGAAAGAAGUCAGGGAUGUCCUGAAGAAUGCAAUGGCGGAACCUCUAAGAUAGAAGAGGCCAGCAAGAAGGCCUUGCUUCGGAAGCAGCAGGGGUAGGAGCUCAUGUUGACUCGUCCACUAGUGAGGAAGGAGCUCAUGACAUGUCUUCCGGAGAAUAUGCGACUACCUCCAGCACGAGUAGUACUGCGACUACCAGCAGCGGGAAGAACUACAUAUGGGACGGGUCCGUGACGCCUGGGCGUCUUAAAGGAAUGCCGUACGCUUCCGCGCAGGCACAAAGCCUGCUGGAUGUACGACAGGAGUCUGAUGGAAAAUUAAAUAGCGGCCCACUUCUUCGGAUCGCAGCUCUUGCAAGUAUGAACCCUGUUAGUACUCGUGUUUCGUCAUACCAGAACAGGCACGAGACUAAGAAUACGAAUUCUGGUUUCAACAAGAUAAAUUUUUCUGUCAUCUCUUGCUGUUGAAUAUUCUCCUUUGAGCAGCACACUCAGACAGCUGUUUUUUUCGUUGCUUCUUGCGUAAGUAUGCUCUCGCUCCGAGGUAGCCACAAAGCGCACUAUUAGGAUGCAGGUUCAAUAAAUCUCCACCAAUUUCUCGUAGACAUCGAUCGAACCAGAAAGAACGAAAAACUUUUUUUGGAGUGCUACUAGAACUAGAGUUCGUGGACGAGGGAACGGUUUCUAAAAGGGAAAGGAAAGUUGCUGGCAGAAAACUGGAGAAGAAAAAAUUGAAAGCAGGAAAUGCGCAACUCGAAGCAGACAACAAGGCACUUCGGGAGGAGAUCGCACAUUAUGGUUAUAGCUUUUCUUCAUGUUUCUCAGGAUCUUGUUAAGAAAAAUACGAAAGCCCUGUAUCCUCCUGAAAUACAAGGGAAACAGGGUCGAGAUGAGGGGACGGAGAUGAAUAGGGACACACAGUCUAAGCGCAGCUCAAAGCAUCUUCAAAGCAUCGCGAACUGGAACACGUGAAAACGGAGGUACAGGAACUGCAAAAAACUUUACUGGAAAAAGAUAUGGAUGCGAUUUUUUCUUCCGUUUGUAGCAGAUCAUAUAGGCUUCUCCUUUGGGGUCCCUUGAAGGUGUAUAAAUAUUAUUAAGGGAUUUAUUACUGUUAAUAAGGGGGAGGAGGAAAGUGCAUCAACAGACUUGUCUCUACGGUCAUGAGGAAAGUUAUCAGCAGGGACGCGUGCAUGCAGGUGAAUUAGAAAGCUACAGGGAAGGGCGAGCCCUGAUGGUCUGGCUACAGCGGGAGGGGAGGAAGAGCAACAUUCAUACAAGAGGCCGAGUACGAGCGGUUGGAAACGGGUACGGCAAGACACACUUUUGCUUUGUUAAAAAACGACAAAGUAGAACUACUAGAAGGACGAUGGCCCUUUCACUUUCUUUGGUGAAAGAUAUAUAUAACUUGCAAAUAAUUACUCAGUGCACAUCACACCAUUAGCUAGCUUUACGAUUUGCCCAGCUUAUUGGUUUUUCAUCGUUGAUUGUGUGAUGCUGAUGUGGUUCAGCGGUUUAGGCAUUAGCCUGUUCGCUUAUCAUUCCGAGUCGAUUCGAGCUGCCCUCUUUUUCAAAAUGGGAAAAUAUACUAAUUUGCCUAUCUUUCUUAUUCGUAGACGUCAACUGUUAUCUUGUCCUAUCCCCAUCUUAGGUAUUCACUCUUAUUUCCUAGACGAGUUAGGAUAGACAUCUACUUCUUGCCAGGCACGUCAAUCAAACAGGCAUCUCUAAGAACUAAGAGAAAGAGAAGGAUGAGAGAGUGCGAACAGGAACAUUAGAAGUCUCGGUUGCAAAGAAGCUAGCGAACUCUGAAGUUUUAUGGAAGCUGAAGCUACUUUCUUCCUCUGUCUCCUAUCCUAACCUUCCUAUCACAUUCAUGGGGUGGGUCCUUAGCCUAACACUUGUAUCUACUUCUCUCCUCUCCUUAUCUCACUCUCAUUCCCUAGCCUCCACUCUUCUUGCACUUAUCUCACGCUUGACGCGUUAUUUCACUUUCUAUCAUGGGGCCAUCAUUUCUAUGAAUUAUAGGAUUUUCGACCACUCGCCGAUUAAGGUCGAUCAACACUAGGUCAUGAAUAAGGAGGACUCAUAAUUACGAAUGGUUCUCUGUUUAAGGGGUCGAGAGGAAAAGACCGCCAAAUUUUCCUUUCGACCACCUAGCUAGCGCUAACGCAGGAAGAAGCGGAAUUGGAGAAACAGCUGAAAGACGAGGACGACGACGAAGCGGGCGCAAGUUAUGAAUCGUCGUCGACCAUUGUAUUCAUAGUUAGAAUAUUAUGAAGGUUUCACGUCUAUUGCCUCUGUGCUCAAGAUUCUUUGAUAGAUUGUCUAAGGUUGACAAGGUUUCUCUUGUAAAGGUAGAUGAUGAAUAGAUUCACUCGAAACGAAUGGGGCUUAUAUAAACCGAAUCCAAAGGUUUGAAAGUGAACGUCUCCACUAUGCAACAUCUGCGGAACUGCUUAGGAGACCGUUCGAACAAAGAACUAUAAACUAAACUAUUUUAUCAGAUUCGGUUUUUCAUGUUUCUUUCUUUCUUAGUUGGGGUUCUACCAUAAUUAUCGCCUUAGCACGAAUUUUCUCGCGUAGGUGGUAGGUGACUGCUGCCGCAUAACCCCAUAGGGCAUCUUCACGCGCACAAGAAAUAGUGCGUUUUCUGUAUGACAAGAAACACUACUUUUUUGUAAAAAGCUAUCUGCAGGUUUCGACGCUGCUUCAGUGUCUUCAAUGGCACCAUCUCGUAGCGCCGUUUUCUAAGGCACGGAGGAGCUGCGUAAGCUGGAGGCAGAAGUAGAAGAUUAAGAAAAUACUUGCCAUUGUCUAUAGCAUAGUCAUUUUUUAUGAUGCAUCAAGAACCUCAGACGAGGUCACCAGUCACAUCAGAAUUACAUGGAAGGUCAUCUGUUGCUGUUCAUUUUCUAUGUUGCAGGUCCAUCACUGAUGGAAGGAAGCAUAAAUUGUGACGUCGUUCGUAUUUAGGUAUUAGAAUCUGGACCACGGCCGCGUUAAUAUUUACAUCAUGGCUCUCGAGUUUUCUGUAUCGAAGAAGAAUAUGUAUGAUCGUCUAUCAUUCUUAACUGAAGCUCUCACAAGAAUUACUGUAAUUGUGUUACGAGUUGUGAUGUUUUCUCGUCUGUUCUCGAAAGUUUGAAGGUAUAAAGUCUCCACUUACAAGGCAGAAGAUGACCACCAGAGAUGCACCACCUUUUUUGGAUUGUAACCCAUGAAUGGGUUAACUAUUACGACGACUGCUACUACCACUACUGCUACUACAAUGUCCACUAUUUAUCUGGUACUAGAAAUCCUGCACUUGUUGUUAAAACUCAUAAUUCGAGAAGAUCUGAGGACUUGUGUCUAAGCUGAGGAGAAGACCACAAGGUUGCACAAGCUAGUGGGUGAGCGGGACGCGGUCGCUUCGGAAAUUAAGCAUGUUGAGUCGGAAAUUGAGCAAGCGGAAAAACCAGUGCUGCCGCGACUGGAUAGCAAGCCGCAAGUGGAUUCCCUGCCGCCGAUAUUUGAUCCCCUGCCGCCAAUAAUACCGGAUCACUCGCCGCUAGUCAUACCGGAAUUGGGCCUCCUGGGGGAAGUUUGUUAAGGCUAGCGCUUUUUCGUCAUAGACCGGUCGAUUGAGUGAAGGUGUAUUCUGAGUAGAUGAGGUUUUACGGGGUUUUAGGGCUAGGAUCACCUUAGGGUUCGUUCGUAUUUUUUUCUGACAAGUGACACACUGUUCGUUACAUACUGUCUUGUCUUGCCAGUGGUAGAGACUGACCACCAAAGGCGUACGAGUAUGAUGAUGAUGAUGAUGAUGAUGAUGAUGAUGGUUGGUCGUUUUAAGUAACUGGCGCUUAGGGUUUUGGACUUUAUUACCCACUUCUAAAAUGCGCAGAAUACGCUUAAAAACGACAUCCUUCGUGGGAUAACAGUUGGGCAAAUGCCUGUCUGUGCUUAAGACUAAGGUUGAGGAUAUCCUAUUCCUCUGCUCCAACGGGAACGUCGAUAAUGCAAUUCGGUUAGUACUGUAGUCACACCUUUCAUUUAUUAGAAGGUACCCACGUCACGAUUGUCGGUGCUGUAGCGGACACUUGAUAGAAGUCCUCUACACAACUUUACUCUGUAAAUAGAAAUAUUGCUGACUUUCAAGAGUCCUCAGUAUACCCUAUUACCGCGGAAAAAGAAGCGCGCGGACGCCGCCGCCGCUCCAUCCACCGUGGGGGGGGCGUCCACCCCUGGAACGAAGCCCGACACUUGUCGGCAUAAAGUUGGUGGCAUCGUAAAACUUCUUUUGGGGCUGCAUUUUGGAGUGUUCAAUGACGAACUAAACGUAUCCAUAUAAAAUAUGAAUGAAUAUCUGGAACGCAAGGUGAAACUAGGGGUAUAAAGCAAGGCUGCUAGUACCUGUGGUUUGGUUCACAGAAAGAAGGUGUCCCCUCCUCUAUCCUCUAUAUUGGCUCGAUUGAUCACAAUAUUAUCACCGCUCUCCGUUGCUCUGUGUAAGUAAGCUUUGUUUCAAGCUUGGCCAAGGAGGGUCAGACAUGAAACGCUUGACCAUGGCCAUUGCUUAGUGGUCAUAUCGAUAUCUCAGUGCAACUUUUCUGUUGUGCCCACCCGUGAAUGGCUUUUCUCCGACAACUACCACAUUAUAUGUGAAUGUCACGGUACUGUGAUUUCUGAUUAUUUUAUAUACAUUGGUAAAAAUAUUUUUUGGAAUGUUCUUGCGCGCACAAUAUUGGACUCUGUCUCCGCCCUAUUUCAUCAUCUUCCGACAACGGAAAACCCGAAGCCGCCAAAUAUCCAGGAGCUGCUGAAGGCGACGCGGCAAGCAUAUGCCUAUUAUAUUAAGGUUUUCCGGAUUAUGCGUUCCUCAUUACCAUCCCUGGCUCUUUUCCUAGUAGAAAAGAAGCCCGGGAUGUUCUGAGGAAUGUAGGUGAUUCCGUAGCCUCUAACUAUAUCAUGAACUUUGGGGAAAGCUUUUACGGCGCUGAGGCGGAGGAGCUUGUUCAAGACCCCAAAGGCGGAAAGCAUUUUAUUAUGUUGAUGUAUUUGCCUCACUGCUGGCGCGUCGAAUAAUUCGAAAAACUUGUAAUCGGAAAAACGUGUGAUGAUAAUGAUGAUGCAGAAGAUGAAACUCUCUCGCGUUUUGCGCCCUCAGUGCGGUAGUGUUAGAACUUGCAUAAAUCCAUCUUGGUGAGCACCUCGGUGGUCAUUUUGCCUUCAAAAUGGGAGCGAGAUGCAGGGGGAGACGGAUUCCCUCAGGCCUUAGUAAUGCCUUUGGUUAUAAUCCAUCAUACAUUUGUCGGGCCCCUUGAGCUUAAUCGUGCCCUUGCUAUUGGCAUCAAUUGGACUGUCUAAAUGUAACAUCCACCUUGUGACUACAUUCUUUGUGUUGAUAAUUUGCCUAGUCUUACACGAGCUCGGACCUUGAUCAGCGUCGACGUCGUCAUCAUCAUUUGUUAGCAAUUUACAGAGGAGAUUAUAGAUCGGGGUAAAGGCUCUCCGUCGGAGGUGCUUUUAGCUCUAUACUGAGUGGCCUCAUACAUAGAAAGAUGCGAAACGCUAUAAAAGAGGCGCCAUGUUGAGAUGACGUCUAUCCUAUCUAUCCUAUCUAUCCUAUCUAUCCUAUCUAUCCUAUCUAUCCUAUCUAUCCUAUCUAUCCUAUCUAUCCUAUCUAUCCUAUCUAUCCUAUCUAUCCUAUCUAUCCUAUCUAUCCUAUCUAUCCUAUCUAUCCUAUCUAUCUAUUCUAACAUCGGUUUUUGGGAAACGGAGCGGACGUUGGUGAGACGGCUGAAGUGUUUCACUGAGAUAUUAAGGCCACACUUGUUUUUCAGAGGAAUCUUGCGCGGGCAAUUAGUAGCCUCACUGAAGAUUCCAUUCGUCAAAGAUCAGGAGGCCUCCUCAAAGAUCAGGAAGCCUCACUGAAGAUCAGGAGGCCUCCUCAAAGAUCAGAGAAAUGCUGCUAACACCAUAAGCACUAAGAUCUCAAAAAGCGAUCAUAUUAAUGAAGUUCACCAGGAGCACCCUUAUGCUAUGUUAAAGGAAGAGGAGCCAGAAGAAAAUUUAAUGCACGAACUAGUAACUCUAUCGGUGGUGCCACUGCUUGUUGGUGUCCCAUAAAAGAUGAGUAUCUGAGACGGGACGACGAUUAUCUCUGAAUGAAAGACUUUGUCAUCUGCACGGGUUGACAUCUUCGCCAUUUUUAUACGUAGCAGUACAAGAAAGUAGAAGGAGAAGUCCGCAAUCUUUUUUAUUCGUGUAUGCUUUCCAUCUACACGGCACUCACUGAGUCACACUAUGUCUAAUUCCUUCUGCGCGAGAUCUUGAGCUACGCCUCUUUCCAAAAGGGAUGAUCACCGAGGGUGAGGAGGAAAUCUACAGCAGCCAUAUUUCCGAAAAUUUAUGGACAUGGUACUAUUGAACUUCAGACCCUAGUGGAGUUCCUUCCUCGUUCCUCUGCCGAGUUCGAAAAACGAUAUGAGUCAGGGCAAGGAAAAUGAACCAAUAUCAACUGCGUCUCCUAGGUGGUUAUGUUGAACCGCGACAGGGACAAACACAUGACGUAUUCAUUGCUGAAUUCUUAAGAAAUUGAGCUCCAGAGAAGGAUCUACGGUGGCACUGAAGGUAGAGCUAUGCAAGUAAUCUGUGUCCCCGUUGAAUCGAUGUCUUACCUAGGUUAGCAGGAAAGGGGGAACGUACGCCGUCCCCUCUUGUUUGAUAUUCAUCUUAAUCAGUGGGGGCUGUUCGGUCUUUCGGACGUAGAGCCGGUGAGUCGAAAAAAACAUAGGCAUGCUUAUGCGAGAGAGAAAGCGUGUCGCGCGUUCGAAUCAUGGAAAUUUUGACGUCGAUCAUUACUUCCAUGAUUGAAUAGCAAUAGUUGUUCGUGCCUAAAAUCGCCUGUAGCUUAUAUGUCAAUAUUCUUUCAUACUGCCUGCAAGAGGAAACUCGACACGUGUGGAUGAAAAUCAGGCCGAGGCUCUUCUUCGAGAAGGGCGCAAGGGAGUUCCUCGACCAGCAUGGAAUGGACAGCUUUCUCCCGGGCUUUCUAGACAUGAACAAGGCUUACACAUAUAGGGAUGUAGUCACGUACAUGCAAAAAGCCGAGCGGAAUGUCGUCAAGUCUCUACUUAAGUUGCCUAGUAUUUUUUCAUUGUUAUGGAUGAUCUUUAUUCCAUCCUUACGGCCAUCGAGGCUCCCCCAAAGGCUAAACGUUUCUAAGGGGAAGAGGGAAGCCUCGACGGUCUGCGUAGAUGGAAAAAGACGCCAUCCAUCAUCGUCCUACGGUCGGCGCCCUCCUAGAGCAAGCACGCGCUUCCCGCUCAUUGUCCUACGGUCACGACGUGUAUUAGAAAAGGUUAAGGUAGUCUAGCACUCUGCUAGUCCCUUCGCUCUGGUCUCAAAGCUGAUUUGGUAGAUCAGAUCGGAGGCACUCACAUGAGUCUACUCGGCUAGUACCGCUUCAUAGCACUUCUUUUAGGUAAUUUAAAUAUGUUUUAGGGCUGACCGGUCCCCCCCUGUGGUGUGGUCUGUGGUGGCGCGCGCGCGCUCUUUUCCGCGCUGAUUUUCGCGGAUUCUAGUGGUGGAAGGCGUCAAAGCUGGGCGCGGGCGUCCCCUUGCGCCUCCCUGCGUGUUCCUCAGGGGCGUCCUGGCCUCUGCUGACCCUCGCAGGCUGGAGGUCUCCGGGGUAAAAGGCCGCCGAAGGCGGCCGCGGUCUCUAGAGCAAGCAAGCCGAUGACCAAGGGCCCGGCGGGUACAGGCCGCACGGUUCAGGGGGUCCAGCCCCUCGCCUUUUGCCGCCUUCGGAGGCCUUCCACAACCGGCGCACUGCUGCGGCGGCGAAGCAUAUAGGAGGCAGAUAGGGCACAGGCAGGCACCUGAAAGGGGGCGCAGGUGGUUCCUUGGGCCCCUUUUGAAGCCUUCCACCUACACCGGAGGCCUCGAGGGAACAGCCAGGCAGGCGGAAGGGGGCGCAGGAGGUCCCUUGGCCCCCUUUUGAGGCCUGCCACCCACGGCAGACGCCUGCAAAAGGGGCCCGGGCGUACUGGUGUCCACCCCUACGCUAGGGGGGGCGCCGUCGCCCUGGGCCCUGGAUCAUAUAUAAGAUGAACAUAGAACUCUGAUUUACCUUUUCAUGUAUAAGAAGAGACUAAGAAUACGUCUUUGAUCAAUAGUGGUAUAACUGCUCUGAGAGGAACCCUGCAAUCCUUCGGAUCAUGGACAAUGAAGAAUACUAGUUCUAAGCAAGCUGUUAUGAUCAUGGACAAUGAAGAAGACUAGUUCUAAGCAAGCUGUUGUGCUGACGUUUCCUGCCGCACGUUUGUAUCGAAAGUACUACCUACAUUUUUAACGGCUUCAUCAACCGACACUGAUUCUGUUUAUCCGUACUUUUUGCGCGUUUUGUUUUUUUGCAGAAAAUAAAUGGACCUUUGAGGCCUCGAAAAGGAUGAAAAGCCUCUUGUUGCACUUACCUCACGAAUAGGUAGACAGAACGAUGAAAAGCCUCUUGUUGAACUCACCCCAUGAAUGGGUAAACUAUUAAUACUGCUACUUCUGUUAGACCUCGACUUUACGCCCAUGAUCAUGAACAAUUGCAACAGGGGCUGGAGCAUGCAUGCAUGCGUGCUAUUUCUAAAGACAACGGCGACGAUCCGACGUUUCCUCGCAGCUUCGUAUGGCAGUGGUGGGAGCGUACUAUGAACAAGGACACUACGAUCGGGCGGUGGACUGCUGCUGUCGAGAAGAAAAAACUUCAGACAUUACGGCGAGAAAUCUUCCUCCUCGGGCAAGGCAAUCUGUCAUGAUCAUGUCUGACUUUGUCAUGCAUCAUGAUCAUGUCUGACUUUGUCAUGCAUCAUGUUCAUGAUCAUAUCUGACUUUAUCAUGCAUCAUGAUCAUAUCUGCUGACUCUGUCCUCCCUAUCUAUUGAUGGAGUGAAUGGAUAGAAGAUAAAGAGAAGAUAAUUAGUACACUGAAUGUCUCCACCACCGAUGUUUCUCUGUAUCAUGCACAAAGAAGCUCAAUAUUUAGAAAGAGACAUGAAAAACCUCAAAGCAACUGACUUUCAGCGUUGAGUUAUUUUGGAGCACAACAACAAUUACUAAACAGUUUAGCACCCAUAGCCCACAAUUGGGCACACUAAUACAACAACUACGAGGAGGAAGAGGAGGAUACUUUUUUCAUACUGGUUACACUAUUCUGACCUCGAGAUGAUAGAGCGGGUAAGGAAGAUACUCCCAAGGCUGAUUUUGCAGUAUAUUAAGGCUGACUUUGAUUUAAAACGCGCUAGACCCGCUCGUCAUGAGCUUGUUAUCUCAUCACCAUGACUGACAUGGGAUAACAUUUUACACUUUCUGAACAUUUCGCCGUCCCUGGUGGGAAGGGAGGCAAAUGCCUCUGAGAGGACAAAAGCCCCGCCCCUGGUGGGCUGAGAUGCCGGAACCUCUGAGAGGAAAGGCGGGCACUACCCGCGUGGCCCCAGGGGGGACGCAGAGACGCGCCGCAACGCUUCGCGGGAGGUGCGCUGCGCUUGGUUAGCAGAAUGGGCGAAGCUGACGCGCGUGGGACCUCUGCCAUCGAAGGAGACGAUGGGGCGGCGCCUACUGACGGCGCCGAGCUCCAGGCGAGCACACAAAACGCCAAGGCAGCGCUACUUUUCGAAGGCCGGAUCGCUCGGCUCGGAGGUUGAGUCGAGGUUGAGGAUGCCCAAGGCGGACCUGGUCACUUGAAGCCGUGCCUCUCUGCUGAACACCUGCCGCCAGCUGCCCUGGUGGAGUUUUUUUGCGCAAGUCUGGAACACGCGCGAGCGUCACUGCAAGGACCCCGGCCCGGCCUCAAGUUGAGUUCUCCCGGAGACUGAACACAGGCAGCGCUACAACUACUAAGCCGCACAAGCCGCCGCGUGUUGACGGGUCGCCUUCAGCACAUACAUACCUACACUUUCUGAGCAUUUGUGUAAGCGGGAGCUGUAUGAAAGAACUGGGCUCUCAUCGUACAUUCGCGAUUACUCUUUAGACUUACUUAAUAAUUGAAUUUUUAUAGAGAAAGAAUGUCGGGUGUGUCAUAGAUAGUUGGACAACAAAAGAAAUGGGUGAGACACGAGGUAGCAUGAAAGGUCGAAUUAACGCACAGUCUAGAUACCCUGCUAAUCCUACACUGGUUGCUAUCCUGUAUGAGGCGGUGGCGGCGACGGACAAGGACGCACCGCUUAACCACAACGGCGCCCUUGCCUUCAUUACGGGGGCUGUGAUUAUUCGACUCUUCUAGCUAAAAAAUCUACCAUAGCUAAAAAACUUGGUUUGUAUGAACGCCUUCAGCGGUCUCGGGGCUAGAAGCAUCAAAAAUGGAGCAUAGGAAAAAAGUGUUGGAUGAAUACAUGAAUGACUGAAUGACUGACUUGAGAGUUUCUGCGCGAUGAAGUUUGGUUCGUAAUUGUGGUUCUUUGGGCCACUGUCCUUGUUUAGCAGAAAGGCUCCAACCUUGUUUAGCUUUAGGGGGACGUGUCCUUUGUUCGGCAGCCUUGUUGCAGCGUUACCUCUCGGCCACCUUGUCUAAAUGCUACCCUUGUUUCCCUUCCUAUGUUAUAGAUUUCCUUUAGUACUCCUAACUUGCGUUUUCUAUCUCAUCUUGAAUGAUAUUGCACAACCGCCGCAUUCCACGCAUUAUACUAAGCUAAUACUUAAGCUCCUUUUCUGCGCAUGAGGUAAGGUUUUCCUGGCGAUCUUCAUUAUACAGGGCUAUAAGAACUAGAAAAAGAAAGGACGAAUUCACGAUGACAAUAUUAUGUUACUUUUUCUCAUUUCAUUUCUUCAUGCAUGAACCAGAACUGUGAGGGUACCGGUAGCAGAAGGGGCAGGAAUAUACGGAACCCGACAAAAAAGGUAGAGAAUCCGACAAAAAAAGGUAGGAAGAGGGGGGAGGCCAAAAGUUAUCAGCCUACGAAAAUAAGAGGUAAAAAAGCCGAAGAAUUGCGAGAAAAAGUAGAACCUGAGGCCGCGCAAGAGCGGACGGGAAAGGCCAGAGGACAGCCGCAGAAGCAGGCACACCAACGAACAGCCAGCAGCCAACGAAAGAAAGAGAGAAGCGCAAACAACCAAGCCAAGCGACCCGAGGGCGCCCUCGGUGACUGAGCAAUGACAACCCCACCCAACACAUCUGAAAGCAAUCCCAGUACCCCCAAGCGGGACCAGACGAGAACCUACGGGGGCGAACAACGUUGGCGACAGUGCGCAUAGCUGCUGGGUGCCACACUCGCGACACACAAAGCCGCCGCGCGCCAUCCUCAAGGAACAAGGUUCAACUACGCCGACACCCGAGGGCUUUCGAAGCCCGCUGCAAAAGGCUGACGCGCUUCAAGGUCAAAACGGAAGCGGCCCGCGAAGCGAGAGAGGCCCGCAGCACUGCGGGGGGGGGGCGGGGGGAUCGCAAAAGAAGGAAGCGCGCCGCGCCCCUGGCGGGUGUGAGGUACUGCGGCAAGAGCGGGAGAACAUAGAGAAACGAAUAGCGCAGCAGGAUGCGCCUGGCUUGAGGGACCGGCCGCAGCUUGGUGGCAAUCUUACCAGGCAGGACACUGCGCGGCAAAGCGCGCGCGGCUUCCCACCGGGUCCGCGCGUGCAUGACACAGGCCACCGGGGCGCUGCGCUGGCAGUGGAGUGGAGGGAGCAGUCUACAAGAAGGGCCAAGAAAGGUCAGGCCCCCUAUUUUCUGGGCUUCUUCUGAUACCGCGGCCCCCGUUUUCCUUGGGACCAUGUUGGCGCCAGUAUCUCCAGGGACUGAGCCAGAACAACAAGGGACCCCGCUGGAAAAUAAGGGCUGGGAGUUUUUGCGGUCCCCGUCCGCUUAUAGGAGGAAGAACAUCGGGAGCCUUUUUAUAAUAUAUACAGGGGGCCUAGUUUUUCCGGUCCAUGCAUGUAGCUAAAGCUUAUAGUUCUAGCGAUCACUUACAAGACCUGGGGAUGAACAGCAACCUUACUCGUGAAAAUAUAACGUCAAGAGCAAAAAAUAAUCACCACAAAGCGACUCAACUUCAAGAUCAAGAACAGAAACGAUCUUCUGACCAAAAUAUGCGCUAAGAUCCAGAAUGAGGUGAAGAGAGCUCGUCAGCCGGACAGCGAUGGUAGUAGCAGUUCGGACGGCAGUAGCAGUUCGGUUUCGGACGGCAGUAGCAGUUCGGAUGGCAGUAGCAGUUCGGAUGGCAGUAGUAGUUCGGAGGAGAGUUCUUCAUGAAGACCCUCUCCUAUAAUUCAAUAUGGCUGGUGCCUAGGGAGUAGUAUGGCUGAAGAACUACUGCUCAACAUGGAGCCUCUUCUACCGUUCAAUAGGGAGUCGAGUAAGGACUUCAAGUGCAACAAGUGCAACACGAAGCAGUCGCAUGGCAUGUCCGUUUUCGGCAAAGGUGGGCCCCAACCUAACCAGCUAGCCGUAGCCUAGCUUUUUCCACAUCUGCGUAAUCGUAUUUCGUUCAGUCUGGUCUGUUGUGGCAAGGGUCAACAAUUCUCUGCUCAGAGGAAACACUCACACACUUUCGCUGGCGCUCCUGCGCUACGUUGUUUUUCUUGCAUUUCUUAAUAUUCAUCAAUUCCGUCAAAUUUACCAGGAUAUGGCGCAAAAUAAUCGAUCUCAAUGGGAACGAAAGUUCAAUUUUUGGCGAAGUAGUCUAGGAUUGUAGACACUGCAAAACGAAGCCCUUCCUUCGAGGCUAUGGUCCUCACUAUGAUGUCGAUCAACUUCAUGGGUAUGCCAAUGAAUUUGAUAUAUUAGUUAUGUAGAAGAUCUAGAGGGAUCAACGAGCUCAGUCAAAGCUUAGCGAGUGGAUGCCGGCAGAGGUUCUGCUGAUGAAGAUCAACGCGAGACCGAUCUAGUGUCAACCUCAAGCUCCCCGAAUUCUACUCCAUCAACUUGACGCGCCGGCUCACGCUCAAGAUCACCAUUUCGCACUUGUUCUUGCCCCAGUCUCACGAUCCCGGCAUCGCAGUCAUCGGAGCCAUUUUGGCUCACAGUCAUCCUACCGAUUACAGGAGUCUUCAGGCCAUUGUGAGUUUAUUUUCCCUCCCUCCCGCUCUUCUACUACCUUGCUGAGCUCGGUGCUAGCGACGCUUCCCUGCGUUGUGUCGCCUGCGCUGACACCCUCCAUCCCUCCAGCACUCUCAUAGCGGGCUGGCGUCAGAUCUUCAUAGUACUUACAGAUGCAGCAGGAAAAGGGGCUCGACGCUCUUACGUACCCGCUCCUCCUGUCGUUGCGCAGUAUAUAG